AUGAAAGUAAUUAAGAAACUUCACAUUGAGAUACCCUUCACCGAAGCCAUUACCCAAAUAGCAUCAUAUUCCAAAUUCCUAAAAGAGAUCUUAACAAACAAGCGCAAGCUCGAUGAUCCCAAACCCUUAGAAUGCAAUGCAAUUACUGAAAUUAAAUUAGCCAAGAAACAGAAAGAUCAUGGAAGCUUUUCGAUACCAUGUGUUUUAGAAAGACAUGUCAUAGACAAAGCAUUAUUGGAUUUAGGAGCAAGCGUAACUUUGAUGCCUUUAGCAGUUUAUGAAAGACUAGACCUAGGAGACAUGCAACCAACUAGGAUGUCCCUUCAACUGGUGGAUCGAUCAGUUAAGUACCCGAUAGGUAUAUUAGAAGAUAUCCCAGUUAGAUUCGGACAACUCUAUAUCCCUACUUACUUUGUCGUAAUGGAUAUUAAAGAGGAUAAAUAA